AUGGUUCGCUUGGUAAAAGUACUAUGGGAUGGUGGUAUGGGUAAUAUGGACGGUAUGGAUGGCAUCAUGGAUCUUAUUUAUUUAGAUGUCCCUUAUCUUAUUAUGUGUAAAGGGUGA